UCAUCGUGUCGUGCUACGGGUAUAACGCGGGAGAGGUGAAACUGGUGUGUAGGCCCCAUCGGUCGAACAAGCGAGGCGAGGAGCCGUGGCAAGGGCGAAACCUUGGUCGAGUGGGUCUAAGCGGCCGUGAGGACCUCUCCAGGAACCCAACAGUCCUCUCCAUUCAUUCAUCCAUCCAUCCAUCCAGCCAGCCAGCCAGCCAGCCAUCCAUCCAAACCCAACGGUGGCGGCCUAAGCCCAUCCAUCCGCAUCCUAUCCAUAGAAAGCUCGGGUGCUCCUCUCUACGGAGAGUGAGUGGAUCCUCGGUGAAGGUGGAGGCGAAGAGAGUUGAGUGGUACAUCUACCCAUCGUCUAUCGAGCAGAGUCCAAGGACUCAAAGACCCACUGGGUGAUUUCAGUCGGCCGUCGGCCGGCUCUGCCGGCCACUACCUCCACAAACAAAUAUCCAGUAUCUCCACCACCCACGUGUUAUAUUAUAUUUCAUUUCUUAUCAUUUCACGCUGUUUUCAUCUGCCAUAACUACCGUGUUCCGUGAUCGUGUCAAGUGUUUAUUGUCCUGUUUGAUUGAUUGUUGUUGCGAAAUAUGGCAUCUAGACUGAUGUCUUUAAUCAUCACAACACUCGAUGACACAAUGGUGACUUCACCGUUUGCCUUUGACAUCCAUCAGUGAGGAUUUAUCCAGUUCUGGUUUUUAGGUUUGUUCAGUGAAAUGUGGAACAUGGUGCAAAAUUGUUUUCAUUAUCGUGAUUGGUGAUUUUGUGAAGGAUGUUUUUGCACAACUUUCAUAAUAGUCCAUGAGACAAGAUGUCAGUGUUCAGUACUGCGCGUCGACUUGUCUGAAGAGAUAAGUUGGUUUUUUUUUUCAAACCAGAUCAUUAUAAGCCGCGACACUGAAGUACCUGGACGAAGUGAAAUUCGCCGAGAUGAGCGGCGGUAGUGGUGGAGCCAGUGGAGCAAGUCAGGGAAGCAACAAUGCCACAAGCUAUCAUCAGCAUCAGCAGCAACAACAGCAGCAGCAACAGCAGCAGCAGCAGCAGAACCAAAUGGAACAGACUGGUCUUCUGCCAGAUCUCAAUGGUGUCGAUCUUGCGAUGAGUUUAUCCCCCAAACAGCACGCAUCGCAUGUACCAGGUGGUGGUGGUGCUCAUACGACACCCUUCAGUGUCACCGAUAUUUUAUCACCAAUCGAAGAGUCUUAUCGUAAACUCGAGCUAGCAGCUGCCGCGGCAGCCGUCGGCGUCGGUGUUGGCGUUGGCGUUGGCGUUGUCUCCCAUCCACAGGGAUCACCCUACACCAACACAUGUGGCGCCAGGGUGGGUAACACUGGUAGCUCGAGUGCGAGCAGUGGAAGUCCACCCCUUCACGGCGGUUCGACUCCUGGGGGCAGUACACCAGGUCCCGUCAGCGGAGCCAACGGCAGUAGCACCGGAGCGUCUAUUGGCAAUGGCGGAGGUAUGAGUGCUAUGGGCAAUCCGUAUGCCACCAUGCAGCUUACGUCACAGUAUCAGUACUGCACCGCGGAAUUAUCACCUUAUCAUCAUGGUGGUCCUGGGGUUGGUGGGGGUGCUCAUACGGGAUCAGAUCCCAUGAGAUCACAUGCUGUAUCGUCGCAUCAUCACCCGUGGUAUGCACCAGCUCCACCCACUACCAAUGAUCCGAGAUUUGCCAUAUCGAGGCUGAUGGGUGCAGCUGGGGGUGGUAAUAUGGCUGGAUGUUCAGUUGGCCAGUCAAUGGCCGACGUUGGUAAAUCAUCGGGUAUGGGCGUUGGCGUUGGAGUUGGUGUUGGUGUUGGUAUGGGUGUUGGUGCUAUGCAAUUCCCUCUGGCACAGAGAAGAAAACGACGUGUACUAUUCACACAGGCACAGGUUUACGAGCUUGAGAGGCGGUUCAAGCAGCAAAAGUACCUCAGCGCGCCUGAGCGAGAGCAUCUUGCCUCGCUCAUUCAUCUGACACCCACCCAGGUCAAAAUCUGGUUUCAAAAUCACCGAUACAAAUGCAAAAGACAAGCGAAAGAGAAGGCCAUGGCAGAACAGAAUGCCCAGAAUCAGAGCGCGAGUUCUCCCCGACGUGUGGCAGUGCCGGUCCUCGUGAAAGAUGGCAAACCAUGUGGAAGUGGAGGGGGCGGCGGUAAUGAGGGGAGCCGUGGCGGUCCAAGUGCGGCCUUGGCGAGUCCAGCGCCUCACAUGACCGCAGCAUCGAGUCCCCACGGAACUCAUCACGGUGCAAGUGUCUCCCAUCACUCAUUAGCGGGUGUUAGUCAUGUUAUGUCGUCCAGUCAGAGCCUCCAGCACUGUUCGUACACGAGAACGGGUGGACAACAGGCGAUGCAGCAACAACAGCAGGCCCAAUGUGGUGCUUAUCUGCCGUUACAGGGUAGGGCCUGGUAGUGCGCGCCAUCCGCGGCAGGGGCAGCGGCCUACGCUAAUCCCUCCGUCGCCGGCCCGUGGGCCCUCGCCGCGGAUCCAACUGCAUGGUACACUAUUCCCGAUGAAAGCCCUUGAAAUUAAAUUUUAAAUCGAUCGAAUUUUCUCGUUGAGUGAAUGGACAUUUUUUUACGAUACCUCGACACAACUACAAUUACAUCAAUUUAUUAUUGAUAUUGGUAAUGGCGUCAAAUUCCCUCAGACUUUAAUAGUUUCUGCUGAAUAUUUCGCUAUUGUAUUCACUCAACGACAAAUUUCUCCCAAACAGUGUACAUAAUUUGAAUAUAAUAGAAUAGAAUUUUUCUGUAAGAAAAAUUGUAAAAAAUUGUCACGCCAUGCCACGGAGGGACUCGAUUUACAAGAACAUGAUUCAAAUAUUUGACAACUCCUCAAAGAAUCUGUGAUAAUUUUGGGUCAAAGUUUCUUCCCAAAAGUCGAGAAUAGGAAAUUCCUAUUGAAGGCAUCGGACAACAAUCUUGAGCCAACAACUUACCCAGUGACAAAAAUUGAGAUAUAAAAUUUAAAUGUGUACAUAAAUCCUCGUUUUUCCGCACGAAAAUUGGGUUAAAUAUUCUCAGAUUUAAUUUCCUCACCAAUGAUUUUGAUUUUGAAGGGUGAGAUAUUAUUAUAAAUAAUGUAACGUUUUAGAAAGAAAAUUAUUAUUGACAUUAAUAUAAAUAAAGGAUUCAAUUCAGCGACUGAAUUGAAUCAAUUAAAAGCGACGAAAGCACACACAAAAAGUAAUUGAAAGAUAGUGGGUAGUUGAUUUUGAGGGUGAACAAAGGAUAAGAUCAGUAGAGGUUAUUAUAAAAUUUUGUAAAUAAUGAAGAA